AAUUAUGGAUUAGUUUUAGAGGAAAAAAAAAAAAACACUCACUUUUAAUUUUCAGCUUAGUGUGUCAGCGUCAUAUUUCUAGACUGCAUACCUUUCUGAUUCCGUUUAUCUUCCUGACAGCGAGUCUGCAGUGCAAGGUAAUCAAGUGCACCACUGAAUAUCUGGCGAUCACCUCAAACUCUGGACUCGGCGAGGAGGAGUACUGCACGGCUCUGCGGGCGUAUAAAAGCUGCGUGGGCCGACUGGCGCGGAGCUGCAGGGGCGACCUGGCCUAUCACUCCGUCCAGCAUGGCAUAGAGGACCUAAUGAACCAAAAGAACUGCUCCAAGGAGGGGCCGACGUUCCAGCCGCGAGCCAGAACCCCGCCUCCUCCUCCUCCGCCUCCCCCAGUCGUGACCGACAGCCAGGAGCGUUCCGACGGGCCGGAGGUGUGCCACUACGAGCGCAGUCUGACGCGUAACUCGGCCCCGCCUAACUACACCCACUGUGGCUUCUUCGGAGACCCUCACCUCAGGACCUUCGGCGAUGACUUCCAGACGUGCAAGGUGGAAGGAGCCUGGCCCCUCAUCCAUAACAAAUUCCUGUCUGUCCAGGUGACCAACUCACCUGUGCUUCCAGGGUCUAUGGCAACCGCCACAAGCAAGCUGACAAUCAUCUUCAGAAAUUACCAGGAAUGCGUUGAGCAGAAGAUGUACCACGCAGAGACGGACGACUUGCCGGCAGCGUUCGCAGACGGCUCCAAGAACGGCGGCGACCGCUACGGGGCCAACACUCUGCGCGUGGUGGAGAAGGUUCCCGGGCAGCACGUGGAGAUCCAGGCCAAGUACAUCGGAACAACCAUCGUGGUCCGGCAGGUCGGCCGCUACCUGACCUUCGCCGUGCGCAUGCCCGUGGAGGUUGCUCACUCGGUGGAGGAAGGCGACACCCAGGACCUGUAUUUGUGUCUCCACGGUUGUCCGGCCAACCAGCGCAUUGACUUCCGGAACUUCAGAGCCCGGGCGGCGGAGGCGACUCAGGGCGCCAGUAGGACGAGGGGCGGCGCCGGGACACACGGCUUCACCUUCAAGUCGGCAAAGGUCAAGUGCAAAGAGCGGCUUCCGGUGGAAGAUCUGUACUUUCAGUCCUGCGUGUUUGACCUCCUCUCCUCCGGAGACAUUAACUUCACCAUGGCGGCGUAUUACGCUUUUGAGGAUGUGAAAAUGCUCCACUCAAACAGCAACAGAUAUCACAUCUAUGAAAAGGAUGCUCUAAACAGCGCGACACGGCGGGGCAAAAAUGUACUUUUGGCUUCGGUCCUCAGCCUGCUGGCCGUCUUACUGUGGAGCGCAGCUCUUCUGUAGUUUGUCUGACAUGCUCUCUUCAUGUCGUGUCUGUCAGUGAAUGUGGAAGUACAAUCGCUGUGUCGUAUAUAUCUGCCUCUCCAGCAGCUCAUUUCGGUGGUUCUGACAUCUGCCUGAUGACAGGAUGACGCUCACCACUCCCUCGCCCGCCUGUCAUCACGUGCAUUUAGCUGCUUUUACGCUUUGAAGAGAGCCCAGAUCUCAGGAUGUCCACCUGGGAUUAAAACGUAUGACUAACCCCCAAGAUGAUCUUCUGCAGAAAGAGGGGUCUGCUGAUCCUCCCUAAUCUGAUCCACACAUCGGUGCCAGGUCCAGCCAUGGCUCAUGUGGCUGAGUAGGGGUUUGGAGUGGGUGGGGAUUGGGACCUGACAGGGGCUUUUGUUAACCUAAGGCCAGAGGCAGCUCCACGUUUGAUUAGUUUCCAGCUUUGGGAAAGCCUGAGAUUUUCGAAGGAAGCUCCCAGCCAAAAGGAUGUCAGAGCAACGUCUCCAGUUGUCUGCUGUGGAGAUUAAUGAGUCAUAUUGUUAGGUUUUGUAUGUAUGCGUGCAUGUGUGUGUGUGUGUGUGUGUGUGUGUGUGUGUGUGUGUGCAUUAGUACAAUGUGUGAAGAAUUCAGCAUCUGUGGUUAAUUUGGUGUGUUUGUAAGAGCAGGAUUUUCCAGAUAUAUAUAUAUAUAUAUAUAUAUAUAUAUAUAUAUAUAUAUAUAUAUAUAUAUAUAUAUAUAUAUAUAAAAAGGAAAAAAAAAAAAACUCCAGAGGGGAAUCUUUCUCAUGUCUUUGUGUUGCUCCCAGAAUAUUUUGGAGAAAUAAAAGACAAAAUAGUCUCCUUCUGCCAAAUCACCAACUGGAAUCAAUAGAAACGCAUCAUUUGUCAGUGACACACAGGCGGCCCCGCUAUUGUUUAAGCUGACACACUGUUCGUUUUUUUUUUUUUGUUUGUUUUUUAAGUCUGUUGUGUGAACGCUGCAGAAAGAAGCAACUUUACUGGCGCUUUGGAAGGAGGUCGAUCAACCGAUCGGACUGCGACAGCUCCAUUUUAACGACAGUAAAGAUGGCGGCUGUUCGGCUCAGGAGACGUCACCGCUGUUUGGUUUUAAGCAUUUACAGACCGAGACUUGACUGAGUCACACUGGCUAAACAAUAAGCACGUCCUGUACAGAAGAGAGAGAGAGAGAAAAAAAG